CCAGCCACCGCCACACGCAGCGCCCCCCGUUCAGGAAGAGGAGCAGCAGCGGAGGCGGCGGCUACAGCGGCAGGCGGGCGCCAGAAAGGCCCCGAUCGAAAAGCCUGGGAGGGCCGCCGAGCUACCCCCGGAGGAGGAGCCAGUCUCAGCCCAAGGCGCCACCGCCGCAGAAGCAGUGCGGAGCAGCAGUCGCCUUCAUGGCCCACUCACCGGUGGCUGUCCAAGUGCCCGGGAUGCAGAAUAAUAUAGCUGAUCCAGAAGAAUUGUUCACAAAAUUAGAACGCAUUGGGAAAGGCUCAUUUGGAGAAGUUUUCAAAGGAAUUGAUAAUCGUACCCAGCAAGUGGUUGCUAUUAAAAUCAUAGAUCUCGAGGAAGCCGAAGAUGAAAUAGAAGACAUUCAGCAAGAAAUAACUGUUUUGAGUCAGUGUGACAGCUCAUAUGUAACAAAAUACUAUGGGUCAUAUUUAAAGGGUUCAAAAUUAUGGAUAAUAAUGGAAUACCUGGGUGGUGGUUCAGCACUGGAUCUUCUGCGAGCUGGUCCAUUUGAUGAAUUCCAGAUUGCUACCAUGCUAAAGGAAAUUUUGAAAGGUCUGGACUAUCUGCAUUCAGAAAAGAAAAUUCACCGAGACAUAAAAGCUGCCAAUGUCUUGCUCUCAGAACAAGGAGAUGUUAAACUAGCUGACUUUGGAGUUGCCGGCCAACUGACAGAUACACAAAUAAAGAGAAAUACCUUUGUGGGAACUCCAUUUUGGAUGGCUCCUGAAGUUAUUCAGCAGUCAGCUUAUGACUCAAAAGCUGACAUUUGGUCAUUGGGAAUUACUGCUAUUGAACUAGCCAAGGGAGAGCCACCUAACUCUGAUAUGCACCCAAUGAGAGUUCUUUUUCUUAUUCCAAAAAACAAUCCACCAACUCUCAUUGGAGAUUUUACUAAGUCUUUUAAGGAGUUUAUUGAUGCUUGCCUGAACAAAGAUCCAUCAUUUCGUCCCACAGCUAAAGAACUUCUGAAACACAAAUUCAUUGUAAAAAAUUCAAAGAAGACUUCUUAUCUGACUGAACUGAUAGAUCGAUUUAAGAGAUGGAAGGCAGAAGGACACAGUGAUGAUGAAUCUGAUUCUGAGGGCUCUGAUUCGGAAUCCACCAGCAGGGAAAAUAAUACUCAUCCUGAAUGGAGUUUUACCACCGUGCGAAAGAAGCCUGAUCCAAAGAAACUGCAGAAUGGGGCAGAGCAAGAUCUUGUGCAAACCCUCAGCUGUUUGUCUAUGAUAAUAACACCUGCGUUUGCUGAACUUAAACAGCAGGAUGAGAAUAAUGCUAGCAGGAAUCAGGCAAUUGAAGAACUCGAGAAAAGUAUUGCUGUGGCUGAAGCUGCCUGUCCUGGCAUCACAGAUAAAAUGGUGAAGAAAUUAAUUGAAAAAUUUCAAAAGUGUUCGGCCGAUGAAUCCUCCUAAGAAACUUAUUACUGGCUUCUGUUUCAUAUGGACCCAGAGAGACCCACUUAAGCUACUUCAAGCUUAACAAUGCUUAACUCAUGAGCUCCGUGUGCCUUUUGGAUCUUUGCAACAUUGAAGAUUUGGAAGAAGCUAUUCAACUAUUUUGUGAUGGUGUUUAUCAUUUUAUAUU